AUGGAUGCCUUCUUAUCUGGUGUAGUUUUGACAGGCAGUGCUCCCUGGGUGACUGCAGAUUCAUUCGCAUGUCAAGUGGCUUGCCUUGUGAUUGGCUAUUUUGCAAGGAGCCAGACUUGGAAUUUUUAUUUACUCCAAAAAGUUUUAGAAUUUUACUCAUGA